AUGGCUGACGCCCAAGAGGAUUUAUCCUCCUUGCCCUUGCCCGACCGGUUUGCCCAUAAGAACUGGAAGGUCCGCAAGGAGGCAUACGAAGAUGCCAAGGCACAAUUUGAAAAGACCCCUGAUGAAUCACACCCGGUUUUCGUGCCAUUUAUACAAGACCCCGGCUUGUGGAAGGGCGCGGUUGCAGAUUCAAAUGUAGCCGCACAGCUAGAAGGUCUCGGGGCAUACUGCGCUUUCUUGCAGUUCGGAGGAGUUCAGGCCUGUACCAGGACCCGCGGAUUCACUAUUGGCCCAAUCGCAGAGAAAGGUCUGAUUUCGACACGACCGGCCGCCAAAGCUAGUGCCCAUGAAGCGCUGUUAUUAUGUGUGGAGUUGGACAAGUCGGAUCCAGUGAUCGAGGAGCUGCUCCCCACACUGUCACAUAAAGUACCAAAGGUGGUUGCGGCCUCUCUUGCGGCCUUUACUGCCAUCUAUCACAACUUUGGAUGCAAGAUCGUGGACCCAAAGCAGACUCUGAAGGCGUUGCCCAAGGUUUUCGGUCAUGCUGAUAAAAAUGUCCGAGCCGAGGCACAAAACCUUACGGUUGAACUUUACAGGUGGCUCCGUGAGGCUAUCAAGCCUCUGUUUUGGGCCGACUUGAAACCGGUCCAGCAGGGAGAUCUGGAGAAACUAUUCGAGAAUGUGAAGCAGGAACCCACUCCGAAGCAAGAACGAUUUACCCGAGCCCAGCAAGAUGCUAUGGCUGCGGCCAGCGCUGCGCCCGCAAGUGAAGAUGUUGACGAACCGAUGGGUGAGGAGUUUGAUGACGAGGGGGAUGGUGUGGAGGUUGAUGCCUUUGACCUGGCAGAGCCGGUUGAUGUUUUCAAGAAGAUCCCUGACAACUUCCACGAUUCACUGGCUUCGUCUAAAUGGAAGGACCGUAAGGAAGCACUAGACGCUCUUUACGCUAUCAUCAAUGUGCCUCGAAUCAAAGAUGGGCCAUAUGAUGACAUUGUGAGGGGGUUGGCCAAGUCGAUGAAGGAUGCUAACGUCGCUGUUGUCACGGUGGCAGCAAACUGCGUUGAUGUUCUCGCCAAGGGUUUGCGUACCGGCUUCGCCAAGUACAGAAGCACCAUCAUGGUACCCAUGUUCGAGCGUCUAAAAGAAAAGAAGCAGAUCGUGGCAGAUGCUUUAGGCCAGGCGUUAGAUGCCGUCUUCACGACGACAACUCUUUCAGAUUGCCUGGAAGAAAUCUUCGAAUAUACCAAACACAAGAACCCCCAGAUCAAGCAAGAGACAGUCAAGUUCCUGGUCCGAUGUCUGCGCACGACCCGAGAGGUGCCGUCAAAGCCCGAACAAAAGUCAAUCGCUGACUCUGGUACCAAAUUGUUGACCGAGUCAGCCCCGGCAAUCCGUGAAGGAGCCGCCGAAAUUCUGGGUACAUUGAUGAAAAUCUUGGGCGAGCGGGCCAUGAACCCAUACCUUGACGGUCUUGACGAAAUCCGCAAGACCAAAAUCAAGGAGUACUUUGGAACCGCAGAAGUCAAGGCCAAGGAACGCCCUAAACCCAUUGUGGCUCCUCCAAAGCCUGCGGCUCCGGCUGGCCGCAAGGUUGUUGAAGAACCUGCAUUGAAGCCACCGUCUAGAGGCAUCCCCUCAAAGCUUGGUGCUCCCAAGGCCGGCGGUUUGGCGACUCCCGGAUCGGGUCUCAAACUUCAAAGGAAGCUCGCUGGGCCUGGAACAACUGCAUCACCCUCAAGACGAGCUGCACCACCUCCCGAAGAAGAUGUGGCUCCUCCACCAGCUGCCCCCAAAUUUGGGUUAGGGCGUGGUCUUGCCGGUCGUCCCAUCGCAAAGCCUGCUCCAGUAGAGGCUGCUGCUCCAGCCCCUCCAGCGGCCAACCCAAUGGCUGCUGCAGAUCGUGCUGAGCUGGAGGAACUUCGGGCAGAGAAGGAGAAGUUCAACCGAACCGUUGAAGAGAUGAAAUCUGAGCGCUCGAAACUCAACUCCACUAUCACCGAACUCCAGAACCAGAACGCUCAGCUCAUCGAAGACCACACCCGAGAUGUCCUGAGCAUCAAAGCCAAGGAAACACAAUUAGUGCGGGCACGAAGUGAUGCCGAAGCUGCAGAGGGUAGCGUACAAAAACAACAACGAGAGAUCGAGCGACUGAAGCGUGAACUUGCACGAGCUCUUCGUGCGUCAGCCAUAAGCCCACCAAACGCCACCUCCGAUGCUGGCAGCAUGGGAAUGCCAGAGGGCUCCAUCUACCAAGAUCACAACGGCAAUGCUGCAGCACGGUCAGGCCUUCACAUGGGAUCUCGAUUUGAGAGCUCCCGUCGGAGCUAUGCCUCUGCCAGCCCCGUCGAGGAAAACAACGGCGGCAUGGACUCACCAGGCCUGGCCAGUCGUAACGGUGGCUUGGGUCGCCGGUUAAGCCCUACAUAUGGAUACUCGAACGUCGGUAGCCCGACACGGUCAUCGACUCGAAACUCCAAUACCAACGCCGACGAAGAACAACCUCGUAGUACCGAGCCGGCAGAGAACUGGAAACGGGCCGCGGAAGUGACCAGCCAGUUGAAGGCGAGGAUCGAACAAAUGAAGGUACGACAAGGGCUUUCACGACCUCCUGCUCAACGUUAA